AUGGGUGGCGGUGAUCUGAAUCUGAAGAAAUCAUGGCACCCCUCGCUACUACGCAACCAAGAGCGCGUCUGGGCCGAAGAAAAGAAAGCCCUCGAUGAGCGCAAACGGAUCGACCAGCUCCGGCGCGAGCGUGAAGAAGAGCGCCAGAUCCAAGAGCUGCAGCGUCUCCAAGAAUCCUCCGGCAAGGGCAAGCAGCAGAGCCGCGUUGAUUGGAUGUAUCAGGCGCCUUCGGGCGCGACGGGCCAGUACUCUGAGGAGAUGGAGGGGUACUUGCUUGGCAAGCGGAGGAUUGAUGGGAUCUUGCUGAAGAACGAUACGGAUAAUAAGAAAUUGGAGAAGGGGGCAGAUGUUGCAAAUGGUGCUGGUACUGGUGCUGCUCCUACUCUUGGCGUGGUUUCGGCGAGGGAUACCAUGACGAAGGUUAUGAAUGAUCCGUUGCUGGAGGUUAAGAAGAGGGAGCAGGCCGCUUAUGAGGCUGCGGUGAAGGAGCAGUUGAGGAGGAAGGAGAGGGAGGAGAAACGUGGCGGUCGUGAUUCCGGGCGUGAGAGGGAGAGAGAUCGUGAUCGUGAGCGGGAUCGCCAUUCCAAGCGCAGACGAUACAGUGAUGAGGCCGAGGAUGACCGUCGGCAUCGGCACCACCACCGCUCGUCGCACCGUCAUCGGUCGAGGUCGCCUGCUUCGCCGGAGAGGUCGUCGCACCGUCGACACAGGAGUGAGCGAGACCAUGAACAUCGAGAUGGCCGACGACGUGGAGAAGAUCGUGAUCGUGAUCAGGACCGUGACAGGACGAACGAUGAUAGAGCCCGUCGAGAUGAUCGUGACCGUCGAGACAACCGUGAUCGAGACCACGAACGAGAUCGUCGCGGCCCCCGUGAAAGACGCGACCCCCGUGAAAGACGCGACUCAUAUUCCAACCGCCACCGUGAUGAACGACGCGACUCAGAUACGCGGCGGCGUUCGCCAUCUCCGCUUCCAACGCAAGACCGGAACAACCGCGAGUACGCUAACAACAACAACCGGCGUGACCGAGACCGUACUUCUGCACCAUCCAACAAUAUCCCCAAGAACAACAGACCUGCACCCGACCAAAAGGAUCUAGACGAAGAGCGCCGCCGCAAGCUGGCAGAGAUGCAAUCCAACGCCAGCGAAAUGGAGCAUGGUCGCCGCCAGCGCAUCGCCGAGAUCACUGCCGAAGAAGAGAAUCAACGAGAGGUGGACGAGCGGCAGCGCUCGGAUAAGGGCCGGUUUGUCUCGCAGCUGCAUCAGCGCGCACAGGAGGAUAGUUUAGAUGAGCGCAUUCGGAGGGGGCGUGGUGGGUAUGCUAAGAUUGAGGCGGAUUGA